AUGGAGACAGAGCUAGACCACAGUUUGUGUGGAAAAACCCCUGGUAGUUUUGGUGGACAGGUGCUAGGCUGGGCACAGCAACAGGGCCAGCGGGUGGCUGACCAGCUUGCCACCAUGGCAGCUGAGCGAGAGGAGCUGGCCCGCCUGCUGGACUGGAUCGCCUCAGCUGAGGAGGCAUUGAGCCUUCGAGACCAGGAGCCCCUGCCUGAGGACAUCCAGAUGCUGGCAGAUCUAUCAGCUCAGCACACGGAAUUCACUGAAGAACUGAGCAGGAAGCAACAAGAGGUGGAGGCAGCCAUGAGAAGUUGCAAAAGGAGGCUGGAGCCAUCUCCCCCGGCACCUCCACAGCCCCCACCAAGAAGGAGAGGUACAGGAAAGGCCCCACCAGGGCCCCUGGUGCCGCUCCUGGAGCUGCAGCCUCAGAACCCCCUGGGAGCCCGGCUUCUUCAACGUUGGCAGCAGCUAUGGCUCAGGGCCCUGGACCGACAGUACCGGCUACAGGCUGCUACCCAGCACCUGGAGGAGCAAGCAGCCUUUGCACACUUUGAUUUUGGUGGAUGGCGGAAACGAUACUUGCAGUGGAUCAGUCAUAGAAAGUCUCGGCUCCUAGAUGUGUUCCGUGCCAUUGACCGUGACCAGGAUGGACGAAUCACCCACCAGGAGUUCAUUGACAGCGUCCUUGCCUCCAGCUUCCCCACCAGUCUGCUGGAGCUGAGUGCUGUGGCCAGUAUCUUUGACACCAAUGGAGAUGGAGUUAUUGACUAUGGUGAAUUUGUCAGUGCGCUGCACCCAAGCCGGGACCCUCGAGGCCGGGGUCCUGAUGCAGAACACAUCCAGGAUGAGGUAAGGCGGCAAGUAUCUCAGUGUCAAUGUGCCCGGCGCUUCCAGGUGGAGCAAAUCAGUGCCAACCGCUACCGAUUUGGGGAAUCUCAGCAACUUCGACUGGUGCGGAUCCUAAGAAGCUGCCUCAUGGUCCGUGUUGGAGGUGGCUGGAUUGCACUAGAUGAAUUCCUGGUCAAGAAUGACCCUUGCAGAGUGAAGGGACGAACUAACCUGAAGAUUAAUGAGAAGUUCCUGACUCCAGAUGGGACCCCUGAUCCCCCUCCCAAAAGCUUGUCUCGGAGCUGCUCUGCCUCUAACCUCAGUCUUUCCAGCAGCGCCUCAGCCCCCAACAGCCCCCAGGCCCGAAAGUCAGUGCUUCGGAGAACCCGGUCUGGGGACAGGGCACCCCGCCCCUUCAGCACCACACCGCUCACUAGUAGCACUGAUAGCAAGCCCAGAGCAGCUAUUGAGGUAUCAGUGGAAAGCAAGCCUAUCCGGGUACCUAUGGGCACAGGGCAGGUACCUGACCCAGAAAGCACAGAGAAGGCACUAGAAGGUACACAGCAGGCACCAGAGGAGUCAGAACAUAUGCCAGAGAAAGCAAAAAAGCAGGUAACAGAGGAGAUACAGCAGGCAUCAAAGACAGAGCAGGCACUGGACAGCAAAGAUCGGGCACCAGAGGAAACAGAGAAGGCAGGUGGGAAAGGAGCAGAGGGGGCAUGGGAAGGCACAGGACAGGAACUAGAGAAAGAAGCACAGCAGGUGCUGGAGGAGACAGCUGUGGUACUAGAGACAGAGUGGGCACUGGAGGGCACAGGACAGGUGCUGGAGAAAGAAGCACAGAAGGAAGCGAAGGAGAUAAAACCGGGACUAGAGGCAGAAUGGGCACCAGAGGACACAAAGCAGGCACCAGAAAGGAGUGAAAGGACACUGGAGGAGGAAGAGCUGGAACCAAAGGGGAGAUCAAAGGCACUGGAGGAGAGAGAGAACCUACAGGAGGAAGAGACAGAGCAGGCACAGAAGGGCACAGAGUGGGUACCAGAAUGGAAGGAGAGGGCACUAGAAGGGACAAAGGAAGGAUCUAAGGAAGAAACAAAGGGGAUGGGAAAUGAGGCUCUAGAAGAUUCACUAGAGGAGACAGAAAGGACAAAGCAGGCAGCAGAGGGCACCGAGUGGGCAGCAGGACAGACAGAGAAGACACCAGAGGUUACAGGGUGGGCACCAGGACAGACAGAGCAAGAACUGGAGAGGAAAGAGCAGGGCCUAGAACAGAGCAAGAGUGAACUAGAGGAGAGCAAGCAGGGGCUGGAGGGCACCAGAAUACAACCCAGGCAGAGCUGA